AUGAGCAGAGUGUGGAGAGCAUUGCUGAGGUUUUCCGAUGUUUCAUUUGUAUGGAGAAAUUGCGGGAUGCUCGACUGUGUCCUCACUGCUCCAAGCUUUGCUGUUUCAGCUGUAUCAGGUGCUCCACUCCAGCUCCGGGAACUGGUGAACUGUCGUUGGGCGGAAGAAGUGACACAGCAGCUUGAUACUCUCCAGCUGUGCAGUCUCACCAAACAUGAAGAGAAUGAGAAAGACAAAUGUGAAAAUCACCAUGAAAAACUUAGUGUAUUUUGCUGGACUUGUAAGAAGUGUAUCUGCCAUCAGUGUGCACUCUGGGGAGGAAUGCAUGGUGGACACACGUUUAAACCUUUGGCAGAAAUUUAUGAACAACAUGUCACUAAAGUGAAUGAAGAGGUAGCCAAACUUCGUCGACGUCUCAUGGAACUGAUCAGCUUAGUUCAAGAAGUGGAAAGAAAUGUAGAAGCUGUAAGAAAUGCAAAGGACGAGCGUGUUCGGGAAAUCAGGAAUGCGGUGGAGAUGAUGAUUGCACGAUUAGACACACAGCUGAAGAACAAGCUCAUAACUCUCAUGGGUCAGAAAACGUCUCUUACUCAAGAAACAGAGCUGUUGGAAUCUUUACUUCAGGAGGUAGAACAUCAGUUGCGAUCUUGCAGUAAGAGUGAGCUGAUAUCCAAGAGCUCAGAGAUCCUGAUGAUGUUCCAGCAAGUUCACCGCAAGCCCAUGGCAUCCUUUGUUACCACACCUGUCCCACCAGACUUUACCAGUGAAUUGGUACCAUCUUAUGAUUCAGCUACUUUUGUUUUAGAGAACUUCAGCACUUUGAGGCAAAGAGCAGAUCCUGUUUAUAGCCCGCCUCUUCAGGUCUCAGGACUCUGCUGGAGGUUAAAAGUUUACCCGGAUGGAAAUGGAGUUGUACGUGGCUAUUAUUUAUCUGUAUUUUUGGAACUAUCAGCUGGCUUACCUGAAACUUCCAAGUAUGAGUAUCGUGUAGAAAUGGUUCAUCAGUCCUGCAAUGAUCCUACCAAAAAUAUCAUUCGAGAAUUUGCAUCUGACUUUGAAGUUGGAGAGUGCUGGGGCUACAAUAGAUUUUUCCGUUUGGACUUACUUGCAAAUGAAGGAUACUUGAACCGACAAAAUGAUACAGUGAUUUUAAGGUUUCAGGUGCGCUCACCAACAUUUUUUCAAAAAUGCCGGGAUCAGCACUGGUACAUUACUCAGUUGGAAGCUGCACAGACUGGUUAUAUUCAACAAAUAAACAAUCUUAAAGAGAGAUUGACUAUUGAGCUGUCCCGAACUCAGAAAUCCAGAGAUCUGUCACCUCCAGAUAAUCAUCUUAGUCCCCAAAAUGAUGAUUCUCCUGAGACACGAACUAAGAAAACUGGGUCAUGCUCUGACAUGCUUCUGGAAGGCGGUCCUACUUCAGCUUCUGUAAGAGAGACUAAAGAAGAUGAAGAUGAUGAGGAGAAGAUUCAGAAUGAAGACUACCAUCAUGAGCUCUCAGAUGGAGAUCUGGAUCUGGAUCUUGUUGGUGAAGAUGAAGUGAAUCACCUUGACGGCAGCAGCUCUUCUGCCAGCUCUACAGCAACAAGCAACACAGAAGAAAACGAUAUUGAUGAGGAGACCAUGUCUGGAGAAAAUGAUGUAGAAUAUAACAGUAUGGAGCUGGAAGAGGGAGAGCUCAUGGAAGAUGCCACUGCUGCAGGUCCUCCAGGUAGUGGCCACAGCUAUGUGGGUGCCAGUAGCAGAGUGGCAAGAAGAGCACAUUUAUGCUCUGCAGCUACCAGUAGCUUAUUGGACAUCGAUCCUCUAAUCUUAAUACAUUUAUUGGACCUUAAGGACCGGAGCAGCAUGGAAAACCUGUGGGGUUUACAGCCCCGCCCAUCUGCUUCACUGCUGCAGCCCCCAGCAUCAUAUUCUCGAAAAGAUAAAGAUCAAAGGAAACAGCAGGCGAUGUGGCGAGUGCCCUCUGACCUAAAGAUGCUGAAAAGACUCAAAACACAAAUGGCUGAAGUCCGGUGUAUGAAGACUGAUGUGAAGACUACACUCUCAGAUAUAAAGGGCAGCAGUGUUGCUUCUGCAGAUAUGCAGGCAAACCUUUUCUGUGCUGACCAGGCAGCUUUGGCUACCUGUGGACCCGAAAGCUCUGGUAGAUUACAGGAUUUGGGAAUGGAGCUUCUAGCAAAGUCAUCAGUCGCUGGCUGUUACAUACGAAACCCCACAAAUAAGAAGAAUUCCCCCAAGUCUGCUCGGGCCAUAGCAGGCAGUCUGUCACUCCGAAGAGCUGUGGACUCCGGAGAGAACAGUCGUUCAAAGGGUGACUGUCAGGCUCUGUCUGAAGGCUCCCCAGGGAGCUCUCAGUCUGGGAGCAGACACAGCUCCCCCCGGGCUCUGACACACAGCAUCAUUGGGGAUCUUCUGCCCAAAAGUGAAGACAGGCAGGGCACAGCCUUGGACCCCGAUGCCGUAGUGGUUGCAGUUUUCAAUGGUUUACCCACUGCUGAGAAAAGAAGGAAAAUGGUCACCUUGGGGACUAAUGCAAAAGGAGGUCGUCUGGAAGGAAUGCAGAUGGCAGACUUGGAAAGUCACUCUGAAGCUGGGGAGGUACAGCCCACACUACCUGAGGGAGCUUCAGCUGCCCCUGAGGAAGGAAUGAGUAGUGACAGCGACAUUGAAUGUGACACUGAGAACGAGGAGCAGGACGAGCACCCCAGCAUGGGCGCGUUCACCGACCCGUUCCUGGCUCAGCCCCCGGAUGAAGAUUCACAUUCCAGUUUUCCUGAUGGUGAACAAAUAGACCCUGAAAAUCUCCACUUCAACGCUGAUGAAGGCGGUGGAAGGUAAUGGCCACACGGAGAGCUGAGCUACAAGCUACCUGGUCCCUGAGAUUUGUUGGAAGUUGGUGCUCAAAACUGCCAGCAGUCAGAUAAUCAGACUUAUUUAGUUCUAUUUCUUUUUUGUCAUCUCUACCUGAAAUAGCAAUUCUGAAACUAUUAGAAGGUACACAAUUCCAGCAGGGUGCAGUAGUAUCUGGGGAAAAGAUCAAGGCAAAGACAUUCUUCCCAGUGUAAUGAAUGAACAGUGUAGUGCUCAAUUAAUUUAGCAAAUUAGUACAUUAGCAAAGGCAGCUUGUCUCCUGUAACAGAAAGCCCGCUAAGUGCUAAAAAGCACCUGGAGGCACUGCAUGAUCUGAUCUGGUUCAGCGUCGGUGCUCUUCUGACUUUGGCUGACAUGUGGUUUAGAUGGUCAUAGUUUUUCAUUAGGUUGUAAUUUCAUUAAGGCUUGUAUAAUAGUGCACAGGAAAACUGCUUAUAAACAGAUUUUGCUCAAUGGACACUUUUCCUGAGUAACUGUAGCAAUGUUAGAAUCCUUUCUUUGAAAUAUGAUGAUAGACCAAAUGCCAUGUUUUUCUCACUUGUUCAAGUGUUGGCAUACUGAGUAAUGGCGGCACACCUUCCUUCAGUUAUGUGGCCUUUACAGGGGUCAUGUAAAACGAGUUAAGUUAUUGUGAAUGGCUUCUAUGCAUGGUCAUUUGGACAUAUGUAAGAUUACUAUAAAGUUGUUCAUCUUUUCUGCUUCCUAAAACAUAACUAUAGUGCAACAGAUAUUUUUGAACAGUAUAUUUCCAUUGGUUGGACAUUGAUUUCAGUGAGUGCUUUUAAAGAUUUAUGCGCCUGCAUGAAGCUGUGUGCCAGGCUUUCUCUCAUAUUCCCAAUUGGCCCAAACCCCAAAUGAUUGCCAAAUUUUGCUCCUAUGCUCCUGCAUUUAUGUUUGAACUGUUGUAUGUUUGUGAAUGUUACACUUAAAGUUGGCCUAGAGACUGUUGAAGAAGCGUGGAUGUGCAUACAAGAGAGCGCUCCCUCUCGCCUGCUUGUACUUAGUGACUCCGGUCUGUGUCCCAUGGCUGAUGGCUUGCUGAAUGCUGUGACUCAUAGUUUACUGUUCUCUUAACAGCUUGCACUUUUUGUUAAUAAAAUUAACUUGAGAAAAUGUGCCUCUGCAGUUUAUUGAAAGUGGGACCAGAAGCACCCCUCCCCCUUCUGAAUUGAUUGCUGUGGCUGUUUAGCAGCACAGACAAGGGCAUUUUGUUAUGGCAUGGGGCUUCUAGCCCUUCCUUUUAAAAACCAAAAGAUUUCUUCAUAGAUGAUAGAAAUAGAAUAUAUGGAAAGAAUAAUUCUUACCCAAUCCCUAGCCAUCCUAUAUACUAAAAUGUCCGAGUAGGUGGUGGUUUGCUUUUGGUAUUUUGAUAUUUCUGGGAAAGGAGCUCAAAGCCCUUGCAUUGCUAGGCUGACCCUGAGCUCAAGCUGUCCGGCAUACCCAGUAUUUCCAUGAUGGCGGGAGCUGCUCUAUGGCUGCCUUGGCUGUGCUGGAAGGCAGGUAGGGAGAAGGGCAGCGGCCUGACAGUAGACUCCCUUGCUGGGUUUGUUUGCCCUAUGCUUUCACACUGUGUAUCAAAUUCUCCCUAAUAAUCGGUCUCGCCUACCUCGCUUUAUAAAAACAAAACAAAAAACCUUUUCUCUUUUUUGUUGGACAUAAUUUUUUAUUGUUUUUUCUGUUGUACUUUUUUCAGCAUGUGUGUUUUGUGUUCAUGUGCUCAUGUGUGUACAUGAUGGAGGUGCCAAUCCUGGGCAGCCAUCCACAUUCAUUUUACUUGAAACCUUCUUUAAAUACCUAUUUAUCUUCAGGGUUUUUACAUUUGUAUUUAUGUGUAAGUGCUUGGGCGUCUGAGGCCACAGCUGCACCUCAUGGUGCGGAUGCAUGGAGUCCGCUGGAGAGCCGUGAGGACCGAGCGCUCACCUCUCUAGCCCGGGUUUGCCUGUUUUUACUUUCCUUUCUUUUUUUUGGACAGGGUCUCACUAUGUAGCCCUGGCUGGCCUAGAACUCUCUUUGUAGACAAGGCUGCCUCUGCCUUUUCUUCUCAGGUGCUGGGGCUAAAGGCGUGUAUGUGAGCAUAUUGUUUUUGAACAGUUCUGACAACUUGAUUGAGUUCUUCAGUAAUCUUUGAGAUAGACACGUUGUGUAUUGUUCCCACUUGUCAGAUUUGGGGAGACUGCUGCUUAAGGUUGGACCCUAUGCUGUUUUCAGUUCUUUAUGCUUAACCCAACACCAAUAAAAAGAUGAACAUCUA